AUUUAAGAGCCGACUGGUGCGCUGCCUCGCUUCCGGCACCUAUAUUGUGCGGCAACUUUGCUCUCUAGGCAUUGCGGUCUACACACCCAGCGUUGCAUUGUCGACCGUAAUUGGCAUUCCCUAUUGGGCAUCCAUUGUGGGCAUGGCUCUGAUUUGCAUAUUUUUCACCAUCAUGGGUGGUUUGAAAGCAGCCAUCAAUGCCGAUGUCAUACAAACUGUAACGGUAAUUUUAGUGACACUAGCUGUCAUUGUGAAAGGUCUCAUGGUCAGUGGUGGCGUACAACACGUCUACGAAACGAAUCGCGAUAACGGCCGUUUACAAUUCUUCAACUUCACCGGCGACAUGACCGUGCGCGUAGACACGCUUUCCGCUUGGAUUGGUCAAUUGUUCAUGUCUUUGUCACAGUUUGGCUGCCAGCAAAAUUUCAUGCAGCGUUAUGUUUCGCUAAAAUCCAUGAGUGAUGUGCGACGCGUUAUGAUGACAAAUAUUCCCAUCAUCGUCGUAUUCUUCUCGCUCUCCUGGCUCUCGGGUAUGGUAAUCUAUGCCAGCUAUAUAAAUUGUGAUCCGUACGCUGAGGGUUACAUACAAAAACCAGAUGAAAUUUUGCCAUUCUUCGUAGAGGACCAGUUGGCCGUAAUACCCGGUUUCGUGGGCAUCUUCAUGGCCAUGCUCUUCAAUGGUGCCUUGUGCAUGAUGGUUUCGAAUUUGAAUUCAUUAGCCACUGUUUGCUGGGAGGAUUUCGUCUCGCAAAUACCACAAUUCAGGGGACUCAGCGACAAGCAACAGCUUUUCAUCCUAAAGAUUAUAACCGUCAUUUGUGGCUUGAUUACCAUUGGUGUUGCCUUUGGUGUGGGUCUACUGUCCGGCGUAAUUGAAUCAUCGUUGCUGGCAUUUUCGGCUACAUCUGGCCCAUUAUUGGGUUGCUUCAUGUUGGCCAUGCUGGUGCCGAUUGCUAAUUGGAAGGGUACAUCCGCUGGCAUGAUUGCAUCGUGCGCUUUCGUACUAUGGAUAAUCGCUGGCAGCGCCACUGUCGACAAGACGGCUCAGAACACUUUCCUACCCACAUCCACAGAGGGCUGCACCAACACAACUUUCUCAGCGUCUAUAACUAAACCGAAGGACCUCGAACAGUCUUGGCUGAUCUCGCAUUCGCUGCUCAACAAUUCGUCGCCGCUGCAAGAAACAAUUAUGGCGCCUGAACGCACCCCAAUGGAGACAUUCUACUCCAUCAGUUACAUGUACUACAGUUUGCUGGGAGCUGUGAUUACGGUUGGUGUUGGCGUCAUAAUCAGUUAUCUAACACGCGAUCCCAAAGACGCCUACGAUGCAAAGCUCCUACAUCCGAUGGUAUUGCGUUGGUGCGAACGUUUCCCCGGCGACAAACCCUAUAUAAUCGGUGAUGCCAACAGUGAUUUGACCACAGUCGAUAAAGCAAAAGGCGCUAAAGUGAAUCUGGCAUUUGAUGGACAAACCGAAUCAAAUAUCAUUAUUGGCACCAGCAAUGAAAAACAAAAACAUAAUCCCAUUGAUGUUGUUUUCACCAAUGGACAAAAUGGCCACAAAAAUGGCAGCACUGAUGAGCGUAGCAUAACCAAGGGUAGUCAAGCGAGGGCGGCUGAAAUGGAUACACCACCGAGCGCUGGCGAAAAUGGCACAUACCGGCAGUUCAAAGAGAAAGAGACAGUGUGAUAUGCAUCGUUAGUUGGUGAAUGACCUAUGAUGAUAUGCGGAGAGGACCCUUGAUAUUUGCAUCGUAGAGACUUAAGUUAAUUUACUUAAUAUUUUAAUGCUAUUUUGCUAAUGUUAUUAUAUACAUACAUAUAAUAUAUACUAUAUAUUACUAUAUAUUUUAAGAAAAUAUAAAGUUUAUUGUUAGUAAUGUUUAAGUCUGAAAGUUACAAAUAACUUAAAAGCUUCUAAACUAGCUGGUUAAGAUAAUUACACCAGAAUUUAUACACACAUACAGAUAUUAGAAAUAUUACUACUUAGAUAGUUAGUUAACUAAGUCAUGAAUUAAUGAUGUAUGUGAAGAUGAUGAAGACACUGUGAUCAUUAAUUAAUUUGACUACUUGUACUGAUCGAUUCAACAUGUAUAUGCAUACGUAUAUAUGGUAUGUAUAUGUUCACAUUCGUGGGCACAAUAUAUAUAAAUAUAUUUUUUGACGUAUAUUGAUAUAUCUAUGUAUAUAAAUUAAAGUUACAUUUUACAAAAAUUUGUUAUAUGUACGUUUGUACGAUGCAUUCAUGUCUUAGAAAUAAGUACAUAAAAUGAAGAACUAUUAUAUACAAUGCAUAUAUGAAAAAAAAUUAGCAUUUAAGACCCACAAAACAUGAAUUGUAAGUACAUAAUAAAUUAAACGAGCAGUUAUAUUUAAGACAUACAUAUAAAUUAUCGGAUAUAAGCAUACUCGUAUGUAGCUAAACAGUUAGUGUUUUAAUACGAAGCCCUUUUUGAAGAAUAAAGUGUAGAGUUUUAAGUAUAAAAAAA